CUAAGGCAUACUCGGUUGUUUAGCAAGCAUCCUACAAGUAGCUACGAUUCCUUUCAUCUCCUCCUUGAACCCCCACACAAUCAUGAAGCUCAUCUCAGUCAACGCCGCUUACCUCUUGGGCGGUAUCCUCAUGGCAAAGAGUGCAGUCGCGCUGACGGAGCGGCAGUUGGCCGCUACAGCACCCAAUUUAAACUACUGUCCGGGUAGCGUCAAACAGAAGAACCCCACUCACAAAGGCGAUUUUUUCGCUCUGUGGAACCAGACUGACGCAUCCUGGAAUGUUCCGGCGUUUGCAGCGGUCUCUGCGGACAAUAUCGCUGACUGCCUGGACAUCUGUAACAACCGCGGCGGAUGCGCCACCGCCGGUUUCCAAGAUGAAAAGAAGAAUUGCGACCUGUACAAUCAGGCGGUCGCCGGGUUUGAACUAAAUGCUGAGCGAAAAGCAUUCGCGUCCGAAGGCAUGUGCAACGAGAAUAACGCAGGGAUCAAAGAAGCUGCAGCGUCUGGAGGCCAGGGAAUGCCCAGCGGCUGUUGCCUUUGGUUCAUCCCACAAUCUCAGUGA